AUAAAACUGUGUGCUUUUAUUAUGAGGUGAAACUAAGAACAAACACUUAACGAGGCAACUGAGCCAGUGGAGGUGGCUCCGGGAGCAUCCCGGCAGCCGGCGGCUCUACUGGGGAGGGAGGAAGGCGCCAUGGCGAUGGGUGGCCUGAGCGGGUGACUGCUCCUCAGGGACCAAGGGGCGCUGCUCCUCACGGACCAAGGGGCGCUGCUCCUCAGGGACCAAGAGGCGCUGCUCCUCAGGGACCAAGGGGCGCUGCUCCUCAGGGACCAAGGGGCGCUGCUCCUCAUGGACCAAGGGGCGCUGCUCCUCAGGGACCGAGGGGCGCUGCUCCUCAGGGACCGAGGGGCGCUGCUCCUCAGGGACCGAGGGGCGCUGACCCUCAGGGACCGAGGGGCGCUGGCCCUCAGGGACGAAGAGGCGCUGGCCCUCAGGGACGAAGAGGCGCUGCUUCUCAGGGACGAAGAGGCGCUGCUUCUCAGGGACGAAGAGGCGCUGCUUCUCAGGGACGAAGAGGCGCUGCUCCUCAGGGACCAAAGGGCGCUGCUCCUCAGGGACCAAGGGGCGCUGCUCCUCAGGGACCAAGGGGCGCUGCUCCUCAGGGAUGAAGAGGCGCUGCUUCUCAGGGACGACGAGGCGCUGCUUCUCAGGGACGAAGAGGCGCUGCUUCUCAGGGACGAAGAGGCGCUGCUUCUCAGGGAGGAAGAGGCGCUGCUCCUCAUGGACCAAGGGGCGCUGAUCCUCAGGGACCAAGGGGUGCUGAUCCUCAGGGACCAAGGGGCGCUGCUCCUCAGGGACCAAGGGGCGCUGACCCUCAGGGACCAAGGGGCGCUGCUCCUCAUGGACCAAGGGGCGCUGAUCCUCAGGGACCAAGGGGUGCUGAUCCUCAGGGACCAAGGGGCGCUGCUCCUCAGGGACUAAGGGGCGCUGACCCUCAGGGACCAAGGGGCGCUGCUCCGCACGGACGAAGAGGCGCUGCUCUUCAGGGACCAAGAGGCGCUGACCCUCAGGCACCAAGGGGCGCUGCU